AGCCCACCUGCGCUAAGGAACCCAUCAUCCUCCCCAAACCACCUCAAGUCAAAUCAAAUCAUCAACACCAUAACACCCCCCAUCACCACCACCACGCACAUUACCGUCUCUGUCGCAAUUUCAUCCCCGCCCGCAUUGAUUCGACUUCACAACAAUCAUCCAGCACAAUGUCUGAGGUGCAAUCCAGACCUGUCGCACCGCGUGGAAGAGGUUCAGCUCGUGGUCGAGGUGGUUUCUCGUUGAGAGGAGGACGCGGUGGCAGACCACAUCCAACGAAUGGCACAGACAACACAGCUCCAGCCGCAAUUGAAGAUGAAGGCGAGGUUGGUCAACUGAAGAGACAAUAUGGCAGCAAGGUCACCACCAUCAAGGAAAUGUUCCCCGACUGGACCGAUGAGGAUAUAGUCUUUGCUCUGCAAGAGACAGAUGGCGAUCUGGAGAAUACCGUUGGUCGCAUAACUGAUGGUACGUAUUCAACCCUCUAUGCCAACGAUGCACUCUCUCAUAAUACUCUACUAACUUGGACACGCAGGCACAAUUUCACAGUGGGGCGAAGUUUCAAAGACCAAGAAAGACCGCUCUCGAUCAAAGGCUAAGGAAGGUGCUGUAUUUGGUGAUGUAGCUAACCAGACAAGAACUGCGCGCGGUGGACGAGGUGGUUUUGACAGUGGCAGAGGAGGCCGUGGCCGUGGCACAGAGCGAGGCAGAGCUGGAAAGGGUCGUGGAGCUUCCGUCGCACACACCAAUGGAGCACGCAAGGAGAAUGUCGUUGAGUCUACCCCUCCUGUUGAGUCAAAUGCUUGGGAUACCGCUGAAACACCUGCAUGGGACACUUCGUCAAAGGCUGUAGAGACAACCACUGAGGAAAACAGUUGGGACACUUCUGCUGGUGCUACCACAACUGCUGCGGCACCUGCUGCUCCAGCUUCAAGCAUUAUUCCAGAUGGCGUGAAGAAGAGUUGGGCCAGUAUUUUCGCACCUGCUCCUGUUCCAAAGAAGGCCCCCGAGCCUGUGGAGAAGUAUGUUCCCCUGACUGGUGAUUAAAAGCUAGUUUUAACUGACUUUUUCACUUUAGACCUGCCCCGGAACCCGUCAAACCACAAGAGCCAGUGGAGGUCCCAUCCAAUGAGCCAGAAGUCGUCACUCCCUCUGAACCCGUUCCUAUCGAGCCAAUUGAAGAAUCCCCUGCUGUCCCAACUACUAUUGAAGAACCCGAAUCCGUGAUUACACCAUCAAAAGAUGAACUUACAGAAGACAACCUUGAACAAGUCCCAGAUACCUCCGCUCCCGCCCCAACCGCUACUGCUGCAAGCACAGCUGCUAGUUCUUGGGAUCCACGCAACACUGCUACAUCUACACCAUACACUAAUCUACAAGGACAGGCUCAGGCCAUCAGACCACCAACCAGCGGUUUCCAGGCUUCAGCUUUAAAGGCAACUGGCUCAUCUGGACGUACUCCAAGUUAUCAACGCAGAGUGCUUGAUCAAGAGGAGGCUGUGCGCAUGCCAGGAAAUCGUGAGGUUGAUCGAGCUGCUGUUCAGUUUGGUGCAUUCAAUCUGAAUGGCACUGGAGAUGAGGAUGUUGAUGGUGACCGAGAGGAGCCCGAAACUCGUGGUCAACCACCUCAACAUUCGCCAGUGGCCCCAAGAGCUUCGCUUCCCCCUGCUCCUGUCACGCAACAGCCAGCUGCUGCCCCGGAGAGUUUUCCAACACCAAAACAAUCCGCAGGUCUACCAGCAGCAACUCAACCUACGGCUGCACCAGGUUUACCAAGCCCACAAUCUCUACCAAAUGCUCAGGUACCAUCUCAGCAAGGUCCUCAGGCCAAUGCUCAAUUUGGCCAAUAUGGUAGAUUUGCGCAAUCUGGAGCUCAAGAACCAUCAUCAGUACUCCAAAAGCCAUACGAUGCUUUUAGUCAACAAGCUCCAUCAACACAGAGUCCAUUUGAAGGAUAUCCAAGUCAACAAUCCCAAUCACAACCACAGCAGCAGCCUCAGUCUGGAGCCUUCUCUUCCGCACCUAAUGAAUACUCCUCAUACUAUACUUCAGACCAAGGUCGCAAUGCCUACAACUAUUAUAAUCAACAACAAUACGCAUUGCAGCACGGUGGUCAAGGCCAACAAGAAGUACCUGCCUCUCAACGAUCUUAUAGUGGCUAUGGCGGUCCCCAAAGCGAAGCUUCCUCACAAUUUCCACAAAGUGCUGCCCAACCAGCUCAGUCGCGAUAUGCAACUGCUGGUGAAGGACAAAAUAGUGGUCAUACCACUCCAAACCCCACUGCCCAGUCACAGCAAUCUACCACAAGCCAAGGAGCUCAACCACAGCCUGGUCACUCACAACAACCUCAAGGUCAAAACUAUCCAUAUGGCCACCCAUACUACAACUACCCCUCCUACACCUCGUACAUGAAUCAAUAUCCAAACUACCCAGGCGGCAACUACCCAGCUGGUCCCUAUGGGGCCAAAGGUGGACUACACCAGCCCUACCAAGGAUACGGUAUGUCCCCAGGAGCUCCGUAUGAUCAACAUGCAUCCUCUCCUGCAGCAGCUGGAUUUGGAGCUUCCUCUCUACAUGGCCGUGAUAGUGCGGCUUUGGGUGGUGCGUUGGGGGAAUAUGGUAGAGCUGGUUCCGCUCAGCCAUCUCAGACACCUCAAGGCCUUAGUGGUAGCGGUGCCUUUGGCGGCGCAGCACAUGAUGCCUUUGGUCGUGGCUCAUCAUACCAAGGACAAAACCAACAGCACUACAAUGCAACUCAAGGUAGCCAACAAGGUGCUGGCGACGAAUUGAAACCUUUUGGGGAGUCCAAGCCAACAAAUGGUCCAAGUCCUUCACUAGCACAAGCUGGUCGCCCAGGAUCUGCCACCAAUGCAGCUCCAGGAUCAGCACUUCCUCCGCCACAAUCCCAACAAGGUGGAUAUGGAGGCUAUCCUGCACACCUUCAACAACAAGCUCAUGGUCUACAUGGUAGCCAAACCGGAAGCCAAUAUGCAGGUCUCGGAGGAGCGGGAGCUCACCAAGCUGCUGGUCAAGGUCACCAAAACAGCCAAUAUGGAGGUUAUCAAGCUUUCGGCGGCAACUAUUAUGCCAACAGUCAGCAGCGUGGAUGGGGUGGCAAUUACGGACACUAA